AUGGCUACCGCUGCCAGGAGUGGGACUGGUGCUUCAGAUCCAGCAUGGGAAGCAUUCCCCGAUGAACCAGUGCAGACAGAUGAGGACAGUAGCUCUCAGAGGCAGUGCUAUGACCACCCUGCUGAAGAUGCCUGUGCUUGGGGGGAAACACAAAGUGCUCCCAAUCCGCAGAGUGCCUGGGUACAAUUUGAUGACAACAAACCUUGGUCUCCCUCUCCUCCUCCUCCCCCUCAGAUGCAGGUAAAAGACACUAGGCACAGCGUGUGCUCUUCAGCCAGUUUCUGGAGUACUGUGCCCCCAUCGGAGAGCAGUUGGACCACCCAGUCUGAGGAGCAGAGCUCUGUUAGCAUGGGGGCAUCUUCCUGUGAUCUGCCGUCUCUUAACCCUGAGGAGCCCCCCAGUCAGACGCCCUCCCGCCCCCACUCUUGCAACUCAUCUGUCUAUCCAGAGGAUGAAGGAAUAACCAUGGAUACAUUUAACUGGACUUCAAACACCAAGCUCACAAAUGGCCAAUCCUAUGCCAACACUAACCACUUUUCCAACUGGGUAACUUUUGAUGACGACGAAGAGCCAAGUCGCAAGCAUCCUGGAAGGUUGUCCCACAUCAAACUGGAUAACCUUAACCACUCCACGCUUCAGGAUGCCAACAGCAACCUAAUUGUGUCUCCCAUCCAGAACCAGGUUUCAGAGAGACACAUUUUGGACCUGACUCCUGAUGGCAAGAAUCCAGUCUUUGCCCUAGACAGCUCGUUGUUCAACAAUAGCACCCCUUACAACAAGAAAAAUCCCUUCCUGGACGAGGAGUUCUCGAACAUCCAGCCCUCCCCUAUUAACCCUUUCAUCGGCUACUUUGAAAAAGCUGAGCUGAAGACAUCACAGAGCACGCAAAGCAACGGCUCAUGCCAAGAGACUCCUCAUGUGUUUUCUUUCAGUUCUCCUUUCUUUAACCCCCAGGAUACGGAUACUAAAAGGGAACCUGUCUUGUUAUUUUCUCCUGUGAGUGAGUCCGAAGUCGGGGAAGUGCCACCUGCAGAUGGCUUGGAUCAACUCAGGAACAUACAGAUCACAGAUCCGGACCAGACUGGGAGUCCUACUCUUCCCGACGACUCUGUAGAUGCGGAAGUGUCCGAGGAGAUGCCGUAUGAGCCCACUCACAUGAUCCCGCAGGAUGGCUGGCCCAUGCUGUUGCGCAUCCCAGAAAAGAAGAACAUAAUGUCGUCCCGUCACUGGGGGCCGAUCUUUGUGAAGCUGACCGACGCCGGACGGUUAAAGCUCUUCUAUGAGAAAGGUCUGGAGAAGCCUUUCAAGGAGUUCCAGCUGAAUGCCCAGCACGAGCUCUCUGAUCACAAGCUGCAGAAUUACGACGAGAACGGCCGUGUCCACACUCUCAGCGUCGAUCAUGUGGUGUACAAGGAGAAGCGCAAGAUCCAGCCCAAGGUGACCGUGGUUCACAUGCCUGUGAGGGAGCAAUUGGUCAAGCUUGGAACUACUAACUAUCAGGACUUCCUGAGUUUCAGACAUGCCUUACAAGAGAGGCUGGUGGGACUGUCUGUGGAUAUGGAAUCUCUCGGCAUCCCCAUGUCUUAUUGUGAGGAGGAAAUUCAAGUGGAGGUUAGGGAUAACUUCUACGGUGUGCUGUCUAAAGGUGACAGUCGAAUCCUGGAACAGCUGGUAGUUACUCAGGUCAACAUGUUGGCCUUUUUGAAUGGUUCCCCGGACUGUAAGAUUGGCCUCAAUGAUGUCCAGGUCAAAGGUAAAGAGGUUGUGUCCCGGCAUGACAUUAUCCCCAACACUACAACGCGUUGGAUUCACCUUCGGGAUUGUCAGCUGCAUGAAUGCAUAGACCGAACUCAGUUUUUAGACUCUAGAACCUUUGCGUUCAACCCACCUAGCGGCCGUCGCUUCGAAUUGCUACGUUUCCGCACAGCGUUUGCAGAGAAGACCCUCCCCUUCACUCUAAGAACAGUGGCCAGUGUCAGGGGCGCAGAGGUGGAAAUGCAGUCCUGGCUAGUGAUGUCAACAGGGUUCUCAUCCAAUCGGGAUCCCCUCUCUUUGAUCCCAUGUGAAAACGUGGUGAUCCGCUAUCCCAUACCAGAGAUGUGGGCUAAGAACUUUCGCCGUGAAAGUGUGACAGGGGAGAAGUCACUGAAAGCACGAUUCAAUAAGGGAGCCAGCUUUGGCACCGCCAGCACAUCAGGCUCUGAACCAGCCAUGAGAGUCACCCUGGGCACGGCCAAGUACGAACAAGCCUUCAAGUGUGUAUUGUGGAGGAUCAACCGGCUACCUGAUAAAAACUCAGCACUCGGUCACCCUCACACUUUUUUCUGCCGUUUGGAGCUGGGCUCAGACUGGGAGAUUCCGCCUAAGUUCCAGUGCCAAGUGGAAGUGGAGUUUGACAUGCCUGCUGCUUCUGCCUCGAAGGCCACUGUUCGCUCACUGUCUGUGGGAGACAGGGCAGACCUAAAGAAAUGGAUCACUUACAAAGCACACUACUCUUACCAGGUGGCGAUAGAACAGAAGAAUGAGAGUGUUGUGGACAGUCCUCAGCAAGACAAGCCAGGAGAGUGCUCACCACAAUAA